AUGAGUGAACCAACGAAAAAAAGUCCGAGGAAACCAUCUUUAAAUAAAUUACAUGACUUAGUUCAAUCAAAUUGCGAAAGUAAUAGGAAAAAUCAUCGACUUCAAGUACAAAAACAAGUUCGGAAACCGGACAAUGCACCAGCUGCACAACCAUUGCUUGAGUGUAUACAACCUGGACCGUUGUUAAUCUCGAAACCUUAUGAAAAGUCUGCGUUACAACGUCGACAAAAGAAUAAACCUUUCAAUCCCGAUCAAUUAGAACGAAGUAAUAAUGAUCAAGUGAACAAAUCAGAAAUUUCACCUGGAAGAAGAGAAUCUGGUCGAUCAACAAUUGACAUUGUUGAACCAGUCGAUGAACAUUUGUCAGCAUUAAAAGCUGGAUUUAACAAAAUUCUGUCCGAUCGUUGUCUAACUGACUCAAGUCUUCAGCAACGAGAGAUUGUUUUCACAAAAUUACGUCAACUAAUUACUAAAAAGAUAGCAGAUGCUCAAGUCAAUCUAUAUGGCUCAAUUUAUUUCGAGUGUUGCUUGGAAAAACCAUGUGUGAUGGAUAUUGAUGUCCAAUUCAAACAAAUACAUCAAUAUGAUGCCCUAAAAGAGUUACUUGAUAUCAUUCAACAAAGUGAUCUAUGUAAAGAAGCUCGAAUUGAUACCGAGCAUAAACCAUCAUGUAUUCAUCUGAUCACCAAUGAGCCAAACGUGCGUGUAAAGCUAACGUCAGGUUAUGUACGUGGAAUUCAUUUAUCGAAAUUAAUUCGAAUCUACACAAAAUUCGAUCCACGUGUAAUUAAAUUACUCCGAUUAUUUCGAAUACUAGCAAAAACGUGCGAUACCGACAAACCUGAUAUUGGAAUGCUCCAUCCAGUUGUUUUUCAUAUCAUGACGAUUCAUUUCUUACAACAACUCGAUGCGCCUGUUCUUCCGUGUUUACACGAAUACGUGUAUGGAAUUGAUCAUGUUCCUAUAUCGUUGAAUGACAAUCAAUAUCCGGAAUUUUUUCGACUUUGUACAAAAUAUGCUAAAGAAUGGAAAUCAGCAAAUACCACUAGUGUGGAAAUGCUCUUCCUUCAGUUGCUUUCGUAUUACGUGAAAACUUUCAACACAAAACAAUUCGCUGUUUCUAUCCAAACUCGAAUGCCGGUGAUGAAAAUUGAUAAAAAUUGGCACAGUAAAAAACUACUUGUUGAAGAUCCGACUGAUAUUAGACGAAGUUUAUGUCAAACCAUGCAAUCCAUGCGUUCAAUUGAUUACUUUCGCGACACUCUACAUGCUGCACUGAACUAUUUUGGACGAAAGCAGAAGAAACCGAAAAAAUCCGCAGUUAAUAAAAACACAAGUGAAAACAACGACGAAGAUUCAAUCGAAAUUGUCGAAGACGCUGCACCAGUGAAAGAACCGUCAAAAUCGCUACAUAAUUCUUACAGGUUAUUUUACAAAUAUCUACCAACGCCCGUUGCACGUGACCCCAUAAUUCGACAAAAUCGCGUGCGAGAAUAUUAUAAGCAAUCAUUUUCUUGUAAACAGAAGGAGAUUCCUAAACCAAUUGUUCAGUUAGAUUCUGCUAAGGAGAAAUUCAAUGAUUUAAAUGGAAAUGAUCUCGUUGAAGUUUUGCAACAUGAUAUAGAGCAAAAUUUUGAAACCAUGGACGAAAAUGAUGAUGAACAGAAUCGGAAUCCAUUUGAUACAUUACAAAAUGGCGAAUCGCACGAUGAAGAGGAUGAAAACGAAUUAGAGGAGAAUUUUCACGAGAUGGCCAUUGAAUCCAAGGACAAAGAAACCCAGGAAGCAUCUUCAGUUGCCAACGAACAACAACCAACAAUUGAAAAUCAACCUUCCGCAGCGAUAAUCGACGAAAGUAAACAGCAAGAUGAAGCCACCAGUUUACAAGUGAGUGAAUCAUCAGUGGCUCCAGAAAGAAACAGUACAGCACCAAUUGAUAUUAAACCAACUGAAACAACUACAGAUACAACUAAUGAUUCGAUUGUUUCACCAUUUACGUCGCCGGUUAAGCUCGAAAAACUAGUCAGUAAUGAACCAUUAGGUACAACAGCAGAUAAUUCUUCCGAAUACUUCUAUGAUUUUCAAGCCGAGAAUUUUCACGCUGAACAAGGCGCACCAUAUGUAUGUACAACAUGCAAUGCCGUUGGUCACUUAAAAACUGAAUGUCCGGAAUUGGUACUACCGAACAUAACUGCUCUGCCGGAAAUCGAUGAAAAAUGGAUCAAUAUUCUUUCACUCCUUAGUAAACAAAUUACAGAUCGAAGUAAGCCAACGAAGAAGAGCAUUGAGAAUCGUCGAGAAAUUCUUCAACAGUUAGAAAGCCAAUUCAAAAAGGAUUACCCAGAUUGCAGUCUCCAUGCAUUCGGUUCAUUUUACAACGGAUUUGGCUUUGUACACAGUGAUUUAGAUGUUUGUCUUGUUUUCAAAGAUGAACGCGAAAACAAUCAAGAAGAAGUACUUCGAAUAAUGCAAAAAAUCCUGCGAGCUAUGAGGUUAUCGAAUGCUUACGAAAAUAUUCAACCAGUUCUACAUGCUAAAGUGCCGAUUAUUCGAUCAAGACAUCGACAAUUACGUAUCGAAAUCGAUAUUAGUCUUCAUAACAUGCUCGCUAUUGAAAAUACUCGAUUGCUGAAAACGUAUGCAGAUAUUGAUCCACGAGUGUCGGAACUAGGUUAUAUGAUCAAACAUUUAGCUAAAUUCUGUGAUAUUGGAGAUGCGAGUCGAGGCACUUUAUCAAGUUAUGCAUAUAUUAUUAUGCUUAUACAUUUCUUACAACAAACUCGUCCAGCGGUUUUACCAGUGCUUCAAAAGCUAUCGGAUGAUCCAAAUAAACCGAACGGUAUUUACAAAAAAUGUGCCGAAUGGAAUGUGUACUUCUAUGAAGAUUUGACGAAAAUUAAAAAUCUUUGGAAAAAUGAAAAUACGUUAACUACCGGUGCACUAUGGAUUGAAUUCUUGCGUUAUUACACGGAACAGUUUAAUUACGAAGAACAUGUAGUUACCAUUCGACAAUUGGAACCUUUAUUUAAACAUGAAAAAGGAUGGUUUAGACAAACAAUCGCUAUUGAAGAUCCAUUUGAACUGUCACAUAAUCUCGCUGGUGGUUUGUCUCCACGAAAUUGGAUAUUGAUCCGUCGAGUAUUUAUUCGAGCUCGUCAGCAAUUCGGUGUUCAACCAAAAGAAAUGGACCUAUCGAAACCAAACAUGACACUCAUUGAAGAGACUUUAUUUAACAUCGACGAAUUAUGCCCAACCAACGCUCCGAAACGCUGUGAAUGGUGUAAAGGUCCGUAUCAUAUUCGAAAGCGUUGUCCAACACUGGCUUCAUUAGCUCAUGAAAAAGAAAGGAAGAAACGUUUGGAUAAUCAUUCGGAACAACAAAAAACACCAUUUAUAGGAAACAACUUCAAUUCGUCGCCAAAUACGAAUUAUCGUCAAUUGUCAAAUUACACAAAUGGACAUCAGCGUAAUAACCAGCCGAAGUCAGCACCGACUAAUCAACGACCAUUUCGAUAUCCACAUCCCCCAGAACUUCCGAAUGAAUAUCCUCGAAUGAACAAUACUCCGCGUUGGCAACAACCACAGAACUAUAAAACAGCAAUGACAUGUUUCAAGUGUGGAGAAAUUGGUCAUAUGAGAAAAGAGUGUCCACAACAAUCGACCGCUAAAUCUGUUCAUUCACAGAAGUCUAGUUAA